AUGGUAGUACAGGAGAAAAAAUCCAAUCUCCCUCCAAAAGGAUUAAAGAAUAAGGGAAAUACUUGUUUCUUCAAUUCUGCAAUGCAGUGUAUUUUGUCCAUUAGCGAGCUUAACGCCUUUUAUCGGGACACCCUUUUUCCAAGGGAGAAGAAGAUAUCUAAUGCAUUCAAACAAUUUAUACUUGAGUAUGAAGAUUCGGCACAGUCCUGUGACCCAAGAAACCUCAUCAGCGUAUUUAACACAAAGAUGAAGCUGUUCAAUGGGAUGCAGCAGGACUCUCACGAGUUUCUUAUUCAGUUUAUCGAUUUGCUGUAUACAGAGUUUGAUUGGAAUAAAGAUGUGUUUACAACAAUAGAUGAAUUUGAGGAAGCCCGGAAGCAGAAUCUGAUUGCAAAAACAUUACUUUCAAUGGAUAGACAGAUACUAAUAUGCGAGAUGUGUAAAUACUCUUCUACAACAAUUGUCACGAAUAGUACCAUUCUUAUUGAACCCUAUGCAUCAGUUCAGGAAGGAAUAGAUCGGUAUUACGAAGAGGUGAUGCUUGAGGGAGAAGAUAGCUGGAAAUGCGAUAAAUGUGGAAAGAAGAAGGGCACUAUAAAGAGGAUGGAAAACCUUAUACAUCCAGAAGUCCUGAUAGUGCAUAUAUCAAGAUUCCAUCCACGAGGAUCAAAAGACACGGCAAGUGUCGACAUUAGCGCCACUUUGUCUUUUAACAAUAGAAAGUACAGCCUCUUCGGGGUUGUGUGCCACACCGGAACUCUGAGUGGGGGACACUACUUUGCAGAGGCCAAAAGGUCAGGUACAUGGAGGAUCUACAACGAUGAACAAGUGACAAAAGGCUUCAAGGGCUACAAUGGAUCACAUCCCUACAUGGCUUUCUACACUCUUUGGUAG